GCCAGGCUAGAGGAACCCGACUCUUGCGCCCUCUUAGCCCCAGGUAGGCUUUCAUCACAGCGGCUUCAGUUACCUCCCACAUAGAAGCCGCUCAGCUAGGUGAGCACAAACUUCUCCUGGAACUCUCCACCAGAUUCUUCAGAGGCCUCUAAGAAUGGCGCUCGAGUCAGACAGCGUUGUGCAAAUGCUCCCCUUCCAGACCGUAGCGGGACAGUUUGGUCCAAAGGUCCGUGAGCCGGGCCUGCAAGUGUGGAGGGUGGAAAAGUUGAAAGCUGUGCCCUUGCCCCCCUCAGAGGUGGGAGCAUUUUAUAACGGCGAUUCUUACCUGGUGCUGGAGAACCGUGGCGAGCAGGGAGCCGACGUCCACAUGUGGAUAGGUGAGAAGUCAUCCCGGGACGAGCAGGUGGUGUGCGCUAUGCUGGCCACCCAGCUGGACAACUUCCUAGGCGGAGACCCCGUCCAGCACAGGCAUGUCCAAGGCUACGAGACUCCCGAGUUCAUGAUGCUCUUCCCCAGAGGGGUCAGCUACAAGGACGGAGGGGUGGAAUCAGGCUUCAGGAAAUCUCAGGGUUCAGGGACGGUGCGACGUCUCUACCAGAUCAAAGGAAAACGCAACAUCCGUGCCAAAGAGGUAGAGCUGUCCUGGAAGAGCUUCAACAAGGGAGACUGCUUCAUCCUGGACCUUGGAGAGGUGAUUGUGUCAUGGACUGGAUCCCAGGCCAAUGUCUUUGAGAAGCAGAAAGUGCGGGAGAUCGCCUCGCUGAUUCGCGACACGGACAGACACGGCAAAGCACGGAUUGUGGACACCUGUGAAGGGGAGGAGCCUGAGGAAAUGCUGAAGGUCCUUGGACAGAAGCCUGAGUUGGCUGAGAGCUCGCCAGAGGAGGACAGCAAAGCGGAUAAAUCCAACGUGGCCUCCCUCUACAAGGUGUCUGAUGCGACCGGCUCCAUGUCACUGACCAAAGUUGUGAAUAAAUGUCCUUUUGCCAAGGAGCUGCUGCUUUCUGAUGACUGCUUCAUUUUGGACAACGGCACCAAUGGAAAGAUCUUUGUGUGGAAAGGUUCGAGGGCCAAUGCUGAGGAGAAAAAGGUGGCUCUACAGAUGGCAGACAACUUCAUUGAUCAGAUGAACUACCCCAGGAUGAAAACACAGGUGGAGAUCCUGCCCGAGGGGAAGGAGACAGUCAUGUUCAAGCAGUUCUUCAAGAGCUGGAACUGAAACAUAUUCUGUUUUUUAUACCCGCAUUGACACAUGUUUAAGUAAAUGUGCAAGGUACUGAUGCUCUGUGUUAGCUUGUGAUGCCAUUUUUAUAAAAGAAUAAAAAUACAUAAACCAGUA